GGGUAUGCAGAACACAAGCAGCAUUUGAUGCAUCCGGCCUCAUUUUUUCUUUUUUCUUUUUUUUUCUGAGCGAAAGCUGGUUCUUGGAAUCAUGUGUCAUUUCUGCCUCCCGGAGCAGCUCAGCUGAGAGGAUCCGCUAUCAGGAGGGAACAGACACACACACACGCACGCACUCACACACACACACACACGCACACCCACACACACACACACGCACACAAACAAACACGCGCACGCGUACACACGCCAAAGAGCCCCGGAGAUGAGCACCGAGACAAACACAACUUCAGCCAGAAGUAGGAAGACUGUGGGAUAGGGACGCUUUCACCAGGGAUUUCAAACCCACGGUGGAAGAAACAUCCAGGAGCAGGGGGAUGUCGGUGAAGCUGCGGUUCGAGUACCCGUCGGACGGCGGCGCGAUGCGGAGGAGCCGCUCCCUCACGGGAUUCAGCUCGCUGAACAGCCACCGCCGGGUCUCCUCGGUGAGAAGCUCGCUGCGGUCCAAAGGCACGGCCCGGAAAAGUUCCAGAAUCCCUCACUCUACAGGCCGGGUGAGCAGCACCCUGUGGGGCCCGCAGCCCGAGCAGGUGGACAAAAUAUUCCAGGCCCUGCGCAAGGGGCUAAAGGAGUACCUGGAGGGCCAUCAGGGGGAGAUGGACUUCCUCUCCUCCCAGCAGAAGGACAGCAGAAGGAACUCCAGACUGGCUUUUCUAUACGAUCUAGAAAAGGAGAUCCGAGCUUUGGAGAGGUACAUGCGGAGGCUGGAGUUCCACAUCAGCAAGGUGGAGGAGCUGUAUGAGACCUACUGCAUCCAGUGGCGACUGUGCCAGGGAGCGGUGAACAUGAAGAGGGCCUUCUCCCUGUCCCCCUCCUCACGGGCGUCCAGGGACAGCCUGCUGGAGCUCAGCCGCAACCACCGGCACAGUCUGGAGGACAUGUGUGUCAUGGAGGGAGAGCUGGAGAUCCUGCUGGGGGAACUGCACAUAAAGAUGAAAGGCUUGAUUGGUUUUGCUCGUCUUUGUCCUGGGGAUCAGUAUGAGGUUCUGGUCCGUCUGGGCAGGCAGAGGUGGAGGAUGCGCGGGGAGAUCCAGACGGACGACCGGCAGUCAUGGGACGAAGAGGAGAUGGUCUUCCUCCCCCACAUCCACGAGAACUUUGAAAUAAAGGUGACGGAGGUGAAGGGGCUGGGCUCGGUGCUGGUGGGCGUGGUCACCUGCCAGAGUGCCGACUUCUUCACCUCGCAGCCCCAGAUCAUGGUGGUGGACAUCACCGAGCUGGGCACCAUCAAGCUGCAGCUGGAGGUGGUGUGGAACCCGUUCGACAGCGCGGAGAUGCGGCCCGUCACCAGCGCCUCCAGCAAGCUGUCGGUCCACAGCCGGAAGGGGUCCCUCUACAGCUGGACCCCCCCGAACACGCCCAGCUUCACGGAGAAGUACUUCAUCUCCAUGGCGAAGCAGUUUCAGGACCCCGACAGCUCGUUUCCCCUGAUUCGGAAGGAAUCGCUGGGCGUGUCCCUGCUCAGCUACAUGUCCGACUCCACCCAGGCCUUCUCCCAGUCCCUGUGUGGGGAGGAAGAGGAGGACACGUGCGUGGAGGAGGCCCAACGCUCGAGGGAUGAUCCAGAGCAGGACAGCCCCAGGGAGACAGGGGACCACUGGCCCCCCGAUCCCAACGCGGGACCCCCGACCCCUGGGGAGAGCCAGCCCAGUUCGCCCUUCCCCCCGCAACGCUACAGCACCCCCGACAUCCUCAAACAGAAUGGCCUCGCCCCCUCCGGAGACACCGCCAUGGGGGCGAAGCCAGUGGGCCCAGCCCCUAGGAGCGGCGGCCUGAGGAGGGCCUCGGCCCGGCGGAUUGCCACGCUACUCAGGGAACUGCAGGGGGCGCUGCACGGCAAAGACCAACCCCAGAGGGAGCUACAGAGGCUGGAGAAGACCAUCAUCAACUUCCAUAAUGUCUUAAAAAAUGAUCUUUACCUGCAUAAGACCACCUCUACCGAGACCCUGGCUGUGGAGGAGGUCCUGGAAAGUUUUGACUUCCUGUCCACGGAUUUUAACGCGGAUGAGAUCUCCUGUCUGGGAAGUAUUCGGCUGAGAGACACAGGGAUUGGCUCCUUCCAGGAGAACACUUUGCGGAGCCUGGGGCUGCUGCCACAGGACACCUCGUCACCUGAGGAGUCGGAUGUGGCCCCCCUUACCACAGGGAAUUCCAGUCUAGAUCAGGCUCUGGAAGUGCACCUGGAAACCUGCAAAAUCCUGCUGCAGCAAAUGGAGGCCACAGGCUCUGCUCUUGCCCAGAAGGAACUUUUGGAAGAGCUGUCACUACAAUUGGAAACAUUAGAGAGGAUCAGCAAGCUGUCCUUAGAGAAGAAGAUUGACUCCUACGCAGCAGCAGACAUCGUUCCAAAGGCACAGAAACAGAAGGGGCUGCUCGCGCUCUGGGAGGAGAGCACCAGCGGAGACGCCAUCUUCUGCUGCUCAGCAGAAACGCUGGUGAAGAUGCUGAGGAAGCGCUUCAUCCACAAAGUCAAAGCCAAGCAGCCAGGCCAGGCAGACGCAGUGUUCUCGCUGCUCCUGAAGCAGAUCCAGGCCAGCUGCAGGAUGGCCCCCGCACCCCUACUAAAGGCCCAGCAUGUGACCGCAUUCCAGCUCUUCAACUACCUGAGCAGAUGGGGCCUGUCGGACUUCGGAGAGCACAUCUCUCAUCUCGCUAAGGAAGUGCACCUGCUGGGGGCGCUGGAGGGCCCGGAGAGGAGGCGGGCCCUGAAGAGGCUGAAGGGGAAGAGGAUCGCCGAGCUGCAGCCGCUGGGGCGGACGCUGCACCUGCUGGCCGCCCUGCAGACCGACCCCAACCACAAAGUGGCCCGGGCCGCCCGGUCCUGCCUCAGCCGAGCCUCAGGCUGCAAGGCCUUCAGAACCAAGGCUGUAGUGUAUUACACAGAGGUCCUCAGGGACGGAAAUGCAGAGCAGCAGCUAGCCGCCUGCCUGGCGCUACAGUGUCUGAGGGCGGCGGAGAGUGUGGAGCAGGUGGCCGAGCUGUGGCGGUCUGCGGACGAGGAUCUGCGCAGCGCCGCCAGGGAAACCGUGCUGUCCUUCGGUAAAAAAGGGCACCUAGCCUUUCAGAGAAUGGACCAGAUUCACUGCGAGCUGCAGGAGGAGGCCUACAGGAAUCUGGACACUGAAAUCACCAUUUUGUGAAGGAACCGUGCACUUCCUCCUUCUCCCAGUAGUGCUUCUGAGCCGUGCAGCUUUGAUGGGAGGGCGAAGGUUAAAGGUCACCGGGUCAAGAGCAAUGACAAGAAAUCCAAUAAGACUUGAGCUUCCUGCUGAACAGUGAAGACCCAUGGAGUGCCAAGCUUUAUAAAGCCAAUGACUUUACAAAACAAGUUUGAACAUUUAUGUAGAAUUAUCAGGUUCCAAGCGAUGUAAAACAUUUUUCAUGUAUUUAUAAAUAAUGUUUAGCAUAUUUCAUUAAUAUUCACUUUUCAUAUGCAGUAUUGGUUUAUAUACAAAAAAUAUAUAUGAAGUCAGUAUGAUGAUGUAUAUAACUGUUUAGAAUUAUAACUCUUUAAAUAUUGUUUCAGGAAUACAACAGCAGUUAUUUCAGAAUGUUUGCAUUGAAAAAAAAAGAAAACAACACAUCAAAGGAUGUGCACCUUUUAAAACAAACAUAAGGAAGGGAUGUGGUUGGACAAAAGCAUUUAACCCAUAUUUGGAGCCACAUACAAGUUUUCAUAUGUGGUACAUCCAACUCCCGUUGAGCUAAAAUUAAUAUUCAAAUUGUUCGAUUUACAAAGGGUUUAAAAUCAAUGAUAAGCAUUUAUUGCAUUUUAGAUAACAACCACGGCGCUACUUUGGAAGCACACAUUAAUAAAGCACAAAUGUGUUCACCAGUA